AUGUUUAUAUUAAAAAAUAUUAACAAAUUUACCAUUUUUUUAAAAAAAAAUAGUUAUCAUUUGAUAUCGUCUCAAAGAGAUCCAUUAAUUCAUGACGAUCAAGCACCAUCAAGAGUGCUUAUUCCUGUAUGUUCAAGUAAUGAAGAAAGAAUUUCGGUUGAAACAGAAAUACAUGAGCACAAAAAUAAUAUUAAUUGUGAUAUAAAGGAAAAAAAACAGAAUAAAGAUCUCAGAGAGAAUAUUGGAGAAGCUUUAAUGUAUGGCAUUUCAUAUGAUGAUACUGAUUAUGACUACAUGCAACAUCUUCGAGAAGUGAACAAGUCUCCAGGUACAAUUUUAUUGCAAGCACCAACAUAUCAAAAAUCAAAUGUUAUUCAAGAACUCCCUAAAAUCCUGUUUCCUUCAGAAGUUGAAGAAAAGAGAAACUAUCAAGACCAGCAGUCUAUUCCUGAUAGUAUAUCCGGUUUUCAACCAGACAUGGAUCCAGAACUUAGGGAAGUUCUAAAAGCUCUUGAUGAUGAUCAUUAUUUGUCGUCAGAUGAAGAUGGUGAUUUAGAUGCUUUGAUAAAUUCAGGAAAAGUAGAUGAUUUAAAUACUUUUCGAAACAUAGAUAAGGAUGAUUCGGAUUCAGAUGUUACAAUAAAAACGUCCAAAGAAGUUCCCGAUGAAAAUAGUAUUUAUGAUGAUGAUUUUUCUUCUCAAAUUUUUAAAUAUAAAAAAAACUCUCGAAAAUUAUUAUCAACAACUACUUAUAAUUCAAUGUCCAGUUCUAUACUUCCUAGAAGUGAAGCAUUAAUACUUUUAGAUGAUAGAUUUGAAAAGAUAGAAAAAGAAUAUAAUGAUGAUAAUAUAAAUAAUGAGGAUUUGGAUGAAGAAAAUAGUUCACAGAGAAUAGAUUUUGAUUCAAUAAUGGAUGAUUUUCUUGAUAAUUAUGAAAUAGUAGGCAAAAAAAUGAUGCCAAAGAUUUCUUCAAAACAAUUUAAUACAAAACAUUUAAAAAGCAUAGCAGAAUUAAAUGAAGUUCGACAACAAUUAGGAAAAACAACAAUAUAA